UUUUCAUAAUCAUCCUUGAUGCAGGCCUCGCAUUAGUGACGUCAGUCGUAGCGGCGGGUCACCGACAACAGAGUGCAAGGACUCGUGUUGACAACAAAAGCCCCAACAGCUGAUAAGUUGGAUCAGUGUGUGCUGACUGCUCUCAAAUGUUCGUUGGACGCUGAGAGGAGAGGAUCUUAAAAAAAAAAGUGGGAUAAGUGCUUAAGGAUAAAGAGAAGAGUGGCUAAAAGGAGGAGAUUUGUUAUUGUGUUCGUCUGUGUGGAUCGUGUGACGAUCGUCCUGGAUCUUCGGAGCGGUAGUGCCUUCCCAGGAGCCAACACGGCGGGCAAUUGCAUGAGUCGAUCGCUGGUCAUGGGGCAGAAACUGUCCGGCGGCAUGAAGCAGAUUGCCAGAGAACCCCACAAGAUGAGCCAACGGGAGCUCAUCUACAGCGGCGAUCUGGUCAAGCCCAAUCGCCUGGACACCUUGCUGGACAUGCCCCCAGUGGACAAAGAAUUGCAGUACAAAUAUGCCUGGAACGAGGAGGACCGAUCGCUCAACAUUUUCGUCAAAGAGGAUGACCCCUCGACAUUUCACCGGCACCCGGUGGCACAGAGCACGGACUGCAUUCGGGGGAAAGUGGGUUUCACCCGGGGACUGCACGUAUUUGAGGUGUACUGGAACUCGCGGCAGCGCGGCACGCACGCCGUGGUGGGCGUUGCGACAGCCGACGCCCCGCUCCACUGCGUCGGGUACCAGUCGCUAGUCGGCAGCAACGCCGAAUCCUGGGGUUGGGACAUCUGUCGCAAAAAGGUCUUCCACGACGCCAAGCACAAAGCGGGCAUGUCCUACCCGCUCUUGCCCAACUCGGACAAUUUCCCCGUCCCGGACAAAUUCUUGAUGGUCUUGGACAUGGACGAGGGAACGCUUAGUUUUAUUGCCGAUGGACAGUUUCUCGGUGUGGCAUUCCGCGGCCUGAAGGGCAAAAGACUAUUCCCCAUCGUCAGCGCCGUCUGGGGACACUGUGAAAUCUCAGUCAGGUACCUUGGAGGCCUUGAACCCUCACCCCUCCCUCUUCAAGACCUGUGCAGGCGAGGCAUCCGGGUGUCGGUCGGCAAGGAAAACCUGGAAGACAUCUACCAGCUACCACUGCCCUCCAUGAUGAAACGGUACAUCCUCUACCAGUGAGCGCAUCGUCACCAACAACCAGCCCUCCCAAGAACGAAGAGGAAGAAACACGUCCGUUGAUGAUCUGCCACCCAAGCUCCAGACUUUCUUAAAUCUUUUUUAAAAAGAGAGAAAAUUUCAAGAUGAGAGCUGUUGGGAGAAGCCUGCCUUGCCUAAGAGAGUACUGUACUGAGGGUCGGUACUUUACUUAUGUGUGUAAAAAAAAAACAGUGAACAUGCUGCCAUUUCUGCGGUCUGAAUUUGGUUUUUUAUUUAAAAAAUUAAAGAAAUGAAAAAAAUAGGCAAUUGACGAUUCCGCUGCUGUGACAGAAAUGUUUUGUCAAUUUGAUGAAUUUAAUUGUGGAACGCUGCGAAGCUGAUAAAAUCAAAGAGGGACUGUGUAGCAAUCGCGAGAACGUGCAACUCAACUAAUUAAUUAAAAAGGGAAAAUUCGGAAAAAAGAUGAACAGCAACGGAGAUUUGAGGUCAGGGGCUGUAAGGUGAAAGGCCAUGAGGUUCUGGAAAUCUCAAAGAAAUCGAGUCUCCCAGUUGAGAGAAUACUGUCUCCGGCCUUUGAGUAUUUUGGUAUUAAGUGCUUUUCUUGAGGCACUGUUGCCACGGCGACUGGCUCAAGAGAUAACAGGUCCCUCCUCGAGGGAUGAAGUCUUCAAUAAGACUCUCCCCCCUCCUUCAGGGAAGAAUGGAUCAGGCCAAGAAACUGUGCACAGUAUUGCGCAUUCCCACAAGAGUGGACCAAUGCAUUUAGUAUUGCUGGGGGGAGGUGCAGUAUACCUCUAAAAAAAAAAGAGGACUCAUUCCAAAAAAGACAGAAGAGGAUAUCCCAAAAAAGAUUGUUCAAAUUGAAGGGUGGGCCUCGGAGAAUUGCAAAUUGGGGUUUUCACAGGAAAUUCUUUGCAGUUUUAAGCUCAAGAUGAGUGAUUUGCGUUUUCCCAGUUGCGAUUGCGACGCAACUGUUUGGCCCGGGGCACUUCCGACAUCAUCCGCUUUUCAGGACUGAUGGAUGACACGAAACAAAAUCUCCAAUUUCUUACUGUUGUUACUUCCACCUAAAGUGCAUUUCACAAAACUUGAGGUAAUUCUUUUUUAUACAUGAAGGACUACACACAGGGUCUUAAGAUUGUGUGACCAAUUUCUAAAUUUGUGAUAGAGACUCGUUUGUCAUUUCCGGAUCAAAAACUAGAAAUGGUUUUUUAAAACCACAAGCAUUUUUUACUUUAAAUUGUAUCACUGUUGUCAAACCAGCAAGUUGCCUUUUUAUGACUUAAAUAUAAUUACCCAAUCCCAUUUAGUAAAAACUGAAUAACAUACACGCAUCAUUUAUAUAUUGCAUAAUUUUUUUUAAACCAUUUUCUAGUAAGCAACUUGAAAUUUAAAAACCACCGUUUCAUGAGAACAGUACUGUUAACAAAUCUGUAUAUUGGAAAAUACUGAAGCCUCAACAAGUCUGUAAUGUUUUCCAUCGACAUUUAAAACAAUCUUCUUAAGCAACUUGACUCCAUUUAAAGGCUUUUGAGAGAUUUAGCACAUUGUAAGUUCAUGUAUUGUAUUUGCAUCACCAGUUAGUUUCCACGGUAACAUAUUCCAUGAAUCACAUUUUUAAUUUUAACUCGUUAUGUUUUGAUGUGUUUUAAUGUGCAUUGCCUGGUCAGUGUCAAACACAAACAGCUUUUUGUUGACCAGAGAUGUUUCAGGGUUUUAUGUUUCAGAAAACAAGUUUUUUUGUUGUUUUUUAAGUAUUUAUCAAUGCAAUUUUGAUUUGUCAGUGUACUUCUUAAAAACGUGGUUUCAGCUUUAAUCAAUUUCAGUCGUGUGCCCUCAAGAAAAUUAUUAAUACAUGUAUGCAGGGCCCAAGGGAAGGGAAUGAAUUUCUCGCUUAAAAGAAUGGGAAAAAUUUCAGUGCUAAAUGCAGGGCACCAGACUUCAUGACACGGUAGCCACCAGGGUUGGCACACACACAUUUGAAUGCGGCUGAAAGUGGGGCAACCAACCAAAAUAGGCUGGCACCAUCCUAGAAGCUGACAUGUUAGGGUUACACCAUUCACGAAUGUCAUUUAAGAUAUAUAUACAGCCGCAUAACCAAACAAACAAAAACACCCAGUAUUGGCAUUUGUGCAUGCGUAUUCUUUUCAAAAAAAUGUCAUUUUUUGUACAAAAAAAAACAUCUGAGGAAUUAUGCUCUGUAAUAAUAUAAAUUGUAUUCGGGUAUUGUAAAGGCGGAAAAAGAAGAAAAAAAGUCGUUGAUGGAGUUGAUUACAUUAUUGCUGUAUACAGAAUAAUAACAAUAAUUAAUGUAUGAAUAUUUAUAUUUUGCCGUAUUUAUUCAAUGAACUCGGAAGUGUUGGACAAGAUGGAAAAGUGCUGCCGACCUUAAAACCUGAAAUUCACAUGUAUUAAAUUUGCUUUGCAUAUCACACACUAAAAAAAACAGAAAAAAAAGUAUUUAAAAAUGUUCCACUGUCUGUUUUUUAUUCCAACUAGGUGCUACUAGUCUUGUCUGCAACUCAAGUGAUAUUAUUUGUGUAACGAAUUUAACUAAAUUAUUGGCGAGAUCUUUGAAUUUAAAAAAAGAACUCACAAAUUGUGUUUUAAAGCGAAACAACUUAGCUGAUGCAAGUAUUGUUCUCAAUGCAUCACUGUGUGUGACACUGUAACAUGUGCAAUCAUUGGAGACAAAACGUCUUCACAAAUCUUGCUAUGAUAAUAUUUAACACAUUUUUGGUCAGAUUGUUUUUUAGAAAAAAACUUUCAAAAGUGUGUCUUUAACAUACACAAUUCAACGGUGAUAUCUUUUUGUCUUGAAAAAUCAAAUCAUUUGGUACAUUUUCACAGCUUCCAGAUUACGAUAAAGUACAGCCUUGAAUUUAGAGAACAACUCACUUUGCCUUCAUUAAGAAAAUUAGAUCCAUUUGAAAUUUGAUUUGAGUAAUUUCAUAUAAAGUUUGGCAAGCACAAGUAUUGAACGAAUUGUAUUUUCAAGAAAUUACAUUCUCUUUUUAACUCUUGGAUAUGCCUAAUGUACUGAAACAGCCAGACAAGACUACUUUUUACUAAGGCAAUAUUGUCAGACAAAUACUGACAGUUCAAUUUUUUGUACAUUUACUGACAUGACAUCAUGUGUUUAAAAGACUAUAGAAACUGUUGUAUAUGUAGAAUUUUUUUUAAACUGUCUUUAACACUGGAGGUGUGUGUGCGUAACCAUGUAUGUGAUACAUGUCAGCCUGUUUGACAUGUGGGUGACUGUUUUCUCUGGUCAGAUUUUCAUCGUUCAUUUGUUUUUUUCUUUAAAAAGUAUUGACGGUUUUUAAGUGCUCAACUGUUGUGUCCAUUUUUUAAAAAGACAAAAAUAUUUGUUAACAAAAUUGUGUUUAUUGUAAUUAAAGUGUAUGCCAAACCGAUUUCUGUUCCACUUUAAUAUUAAAACACCUUUUGCAAAUAUUUUGAGAAUCAA